AUGCACGUUCCAGAACAUAUUACUGUAACUGGCGACGAACUUUACUUUGAUGGUUCAAGUUCGGUUAGUUUUGGCAUAAAUUCCAUUUAUUCAAAGUCAAAAUUCUAGAACAUACAGAAUUCCAAUCGGCGCGACAUCGUUGAAAAGAUGGCGGUUGGUUUUAUAUUCAUAUUGAGUUUUCACUGGAAUAAGUUAACUUCGGGUAGAAUAUUUUUUCAGGUUCCUGAUAGGAUCACUGUUGCUGGAGGAGACAGCUACGGGACAACGGCUUCCUAUCCAAAUUACAGCGUAGAAAACCGUAUUGCCGGGGUGAAAUUCACGAGAAAAACUUCCGAAAAUGUGGAAAUUCAGGUCGACGCCUUGUCUAUGGAGGUGCCUUCGACUCUCACUCUGGACACGGCGGAAUAUGAUCAUCCAAAAGAAAUUUCUACUCAGGUAUUCUGAAAAUAAUCUAGGAACAACUGUCAAAUUCUAACUGAAUUCAGGACAGCGUCGCUACUCAGAACUCAAUUGCUGUCAACGAAAAUCCUUUACACGAGUUGAAACAAAUGCGGCGUCAGCUUGGUUAUUGAUUAAUCGUUCUCUGGUUUUACUUUCAAUUUCAGGACGCUUGACAGAAAGAAUGAAUUAUCUUGAAAUUGAAAUCGCCCAUCACAACAACAAAGAUAAGGUAACUUUUUUUUCCUUUUUUCCCCAAGGAAGGUUGUUUCGGUUAAAGUAUGAAGAUUUAUAUAUUAAACUUCUCAAAAACUCGGAAUAAAUAACUUCCAUUAUCACUAUACUUUCAAGAAAAUUUUUUUUCUAAAUUUGGCAUUGAACGCAUUAUCAAAACUAGUAACAGAACCGAGCGGAUAAAAAUCAUAAAUAUCCAAAACAAAAAGUUGCGCAAAUAUCACAAAUCUCAUUCUGGACUUUCAAGAAAUGUUUGACCAAAAAUGGAACUAUUUUUCAACUUUAGAGUGAAAUGACUUUUUUUCUCGUUUUAUUUUCCAAGAUGAAUUUACCUUUUUUCAGUACAUGUUUGGCGCUUUGUUCGGAUUUGUUCUGAUGGCCGCUUACGCUCUUCUCAAACGAUGA